GCGUGGCAAAGACAGAUAACGGACCCAUUCUAGCUCCCUCCACUCCAGUGGUCGCCUGCCUAAAACCUCUGUCAUGCAUUUUAAUUAUAAAGAAAAUACGCAAACAAAAAUGAUGUAAGUCAUACGGGGAGGACGAACAUGAUGGUGAACGAUGUAGGAGCACACUGACACUGUUAGUCUUCUCCCCUGUUCAGUCAACAAGAUGUCCUUGGCUCAAAGGGUGUUGUUGACCUGGGUCUUCACCCUGGUCUUCCUCAUCAUGCUAGUCCUCAAACUGGAUGGGAAGGUACAGUGGAACUGGUUCCUCAUCUUCCUCCCCGUGUGGGUCUUCGACGGAAUCCUCCUCCUCAUGCUCACCAUCAAGAUGGCCGGCCGGUGCAAGCCAGGCUUCGAUCCCCGCAACGGCUCGCCGGAUCUGCGUCUGCGCGCCUGGUACCUGGCAGCCAUGCUGCUCAAGUUGGGCUUCUGCCUGACCCUGUGCGCUAAACUGGAGAGGCUAGCUGAAGUGAAGCUCACCUUUGUUUGCAUUCCUCUGUGGACCAUGCUGCUGGGGGCGUUGGUGGAGCUGGGCUUUAAUAUUUUUCCUGAGAGGAGAGAGGCCUAAAAGCUCACCAGACUUGGCACUGGAGCCCAUAAAACAUGGGUGAACAAUACACUGGAUUAUUACAUUACUAUAUUGUUUUGGUACCAUUGUGUUUAGUACUGUAUUGCUUAUCAAGUGCAAUCAAGCAUCCUUAUUAUUUUGUCCAAAAGUCAAGUACUGUACUUGGUGGCUGAAGUUAUUUACAUUCUUGAGAGACUCAAACCUAAAAUGUGACAUUCUGAAUAGAAACAUUGCAUUUUUCACAUUAAUUGCAUCAUUUUGCACUGUGAUUAUAAAGUAAAUCAGAUGUUUUGUCAUUUAUGAAAAUAAAAUGUUCUCCUCCACUGGAAUUGUUAGAUUUU